AUGGGAGAAGUGAACCUAUUCGAAAGGUUGCUGGUCGUCGUUGGGCUGCUCUCGCUGCUUCCCUUCCUGUUCGACAUCCUCGUCAUCGAUGCGCCGAACCAAGCGUCCAGAAAACCAAAGUCAGGGAGAGCAGAGAGCAAGGAGCGACGACGGAUUGAUGCCAAACGAAACCACGGCCUUUCUCAAAUGUACUGCCCCAUCCCCAACAUUUCGUUGGAUGAGAAGUGGCAGAGAUACUUCGAGGAGGCGGGCCGGGACGUGCAUGAGUGCCCAAAGCAGCGAAAACUUGGGGUGGUUGUAUCACUAUCAGAACACGAGCAACUCCUUGUCCCUAUGAAAGGAACAUGCCGCAAGGGGGCUCUGAAGUUCCACUACCUCGACAAGUCCACCUUCGAGUUCACUAGUGUCGUGGUGGAGAAGGAGAUGCUGAUGCCGAGUGACAGCGGGAUUCUCCGCUGUGAGGAGGAAGGGAAUGAGGCAGUGACCUUGUUGAUGCACCCGAUUUUCAAUCAUGAGAAGUACCAACGAGCCAAGAAGAUCGAGGAGGACUUGUGGAAAGGAGGAGGGGAUGGUGCAGCGAAAUUCAAGAAGUACCAUGAACAGCCCAACAUCCUGUUCAUCAUGGUGGACUCGCUCUCGCGCGAGCAAGCUCUGCGAAGUUUGCCAGUUACCCUCGACUUCCUGAAGAAAGGAGACAAGCCCGGGGUCGGGAAUCAGUUCCAGAUGUAUGACUACGAGAGAUUCAAUGUGGUGAGCAGCGGCACUCACAACAACGUCCCUGCGUACCUUGCAGGAAAGAAGUACAGCGACUUGCAAAACUGGCUGGAUCGGGACACGAACAGGUCGGAGGAGUGGAUUCUUGAAGAGGCGGGAAGAAACGGGUACAUGACGGCGUUUCUCGAUGGAGAGUACGUGGGGAGCAAGUCCUCUCUCCCUCGGAUCCGCCUCAAGACAUUCGAGCAUGCAGAGGUGCCGGAGUCGACCAUAAAGACUGCGAGGAUGAUAGCGGAGCAGAUGGCCGACCACUCGGUCCACUCCAUCUUUGACAAGGUGCUGGAGUGGAGCUCUGAACCUCAACUCCACUCCUUCGGUACACCCACGAAGCGGCUUUGCUUCGGGGGGCAGUCGAUCUUCAGCAUCUUCGCGAAUUACGUGAAGGAGUUCUGGAGCAGCUACAGCCACGUACCCAAGAUGGUGUAUCUGUCGGUGAUGGACGCGCACGAGCCGUCGAUGCUGAGAGCAAGGCAGAUCGACGUAGAGCUGCGAGACCUCUUGCGGUCCUUGCUGAGGAUAUCCGUGCUUCGGGAGAUUUUUGUAGUCCUGUGCGGGGAUCAUGGAGUUUGGUACGGCGAGUUCUACGAGGAUACCAAGGCGGGCCGGCUGGAAUCGAAACUCCCGGCUCUCUUCCUCCUUGUCCCCGACGAGUUCGCGUCUCAGAAUGCAGCGAUGGCAGCGUACGCCAAGCACAACCAGCCCAAGCUGACGACCCCCUACGAUGUGCACGCGACUCUGAGGCACAUCAUCAACUUGCACAAGAUAGGCGAGGGAACACCUCCCUCCUCUCCUCACGCUCUCUCCCUCAUGGACAGCUUCCCGGCUACCCGCACUUGCCAGGACGCAAACAUCAUGCUGGAGCACUGCGCGUGUACUGAAUUCGCGCCGUAUGACGAGGAACUCCUCAACGGCCUCGAGCUCCGGUCGCUCGGGGGAUGGGCGGUAGAGCACAUCAACGAAGGCGUCCAGAGGUCGACGAGCGGGGGCCUCACAGAGGAGAAAACUUCUUGCGUCCAUCUAGAGUUCGGGUCGAAUCUGCGGGCAGAGAGUCUUGAGACGGAGCUGCUGGAUGAUGAAGUUGAGGGGGACUCGCUGGUGAUCAUUAAGUUGACAACAAGAGGGUCAGCGUUGGUCACCAACGAAACUUUCGAAGCUGUUUUUGUCCGAAAACUGUUUCCUCUCAAGGAGGGCCUGAGACCUGGACAAAAGUAA